UUCAUCUCUUGUGAAGUAUUUUUUUCAACUAUCUAAGGUCUACAUGCUUAUUGGUUUUGACCACUGGCAAUGUUUUCGACGAAAGAAAGACAACCGGCAAGAAUGAGAAGCAAAAACAUGGUCGGUGUUCCAAACCAGUGUCGUGGUGCAUCUCUUGCGCAGGCAGGUCGGCGACUUCAUCCUACGCAUCGUGUCCAGCUUUUGUACAACCUGGCAAUUUUCAGCUACUCGUUGCUUACGGAUACUUAGACUUAGUUUCUCAUCAUGCUGAGGAGUGAGGUAUUGCUAUCCCAUGACCCCUACUAACAAACGGAGAGGCACCCCUUCUCCAACAGGAUCAUCCCUUUUUAAGAAAAUAAAGCUAUUCGGAGGAUGUCUGUGGUAACCAUACCCCACGCACGAUCAGCAUAGUUUCAGAGCUAACUUGCUUGGUGUCCAAGCUGACUCAGUGACGGAGAUGCUGACACGUUCGUUAUCCAAUUGUCCCUUAUGCGCACCGAAGGAGGGUUGCCUCACCAGCUGCAAGGCGGAAGGGCUCGGGUGGCGUAGCUGUCUUGACCGCUGCCUAGGUGACAAUCCGAUGAUGCUGGACAUGUUCACACACAUGACGGAAAAGCUAGAAGGGAGGAAAAAACCACAACCGGAAGGUGUUAAGCAAUCGUUAAGGCUCGAUGAACUUCAACUUUCUCAUAUUGUGUUGGACUCAAGCACAAAGAUGAAAUGAUUCUGCCGAGCUCUAAAAGAGGAGGUACCAGAAGAAACCGGUGCUGCUAGUGUGGGAGAUAACAAGACCGAUGCUCUUGCUGGAGUAAGAGUAGCACUGGCUGGAAUAGGUGCUUCACAAGCUGCAGGCUUGCCUCGUGACGGAAUGAUAGUGAAGUCGAUGUCGACGAGUCCACUACGAGGCUUUGGAAAGGAAUUGUAGAGGGUGUUAGUUGCUGUUGCACAGACGACAAGAAUGCGUACUAUUUUGAAACUGGGAUACCUAUACCACCCCCUUUUUUUCUUUUUAGGAUUUUUAUCGGCGUAAGGAAGAUGUAGGUGUACAGUGGCUUUUCAAGGUCCUUCUCACAUAUUUUUCAAAAAUGAAGUUGAAAAAGUAGGUCACAGUCGUAAUAUGAGUUUUCGUUGUUGACGAAGUUGAGCUUAUAAUGACAGAAACGGAGCAAGCAUAUCCUCGAGAGAAAUGAGAAAUGUAAGUAUGAUAAUAUGCCAUGGGGACGACGAUGUAGAAGGAAUUGCUCAGUGGACAAUCCUAUACAACAUACAUGAGGCAGAUCCAGAAGUGUUCGUUUAG